CACCCGCUCCAUUUGCAACGGAGCUCCUUACUCUACCUCGACUUGCAACCGACCAAUGGUCGCCGUUUGUUGGGACAUCCAUACCCAUGCAUUCUGGAUACGCUCUUCUCUCCUCCGUCUUGCUCGUCCUCCUGGCGCUCUCCAUCAUCACACUAGUGCCACGCAUGCCAUCACCGCAGUCGUUCUUCCGAUCUCCACCGCCUCGCCUGAUCAACAGUAGGGUUCCUCAUCCAUCCGAUGCCAGCGAUUGUAUUUUCUCCGACGGUAAAUGGGUGAGGGACGCCGCGGCCGUGACUGCUUACCGGGAGGACUGCCCGUUUCUUGACCCUGGUUUCCAGUGCAUCAGCAACGGCCGGAGCAACUCGUCUUUCCGCUACUGGCGAUGGCAGCCUCAUGGCUGCCAGCUCCCGAAGUUCAAUGCAACUGAUAUGCUGGAGAGGAGCCGGAACGGCAGAAUCGUGUUCGCCGGCGACUCGAUCGGCCGUAACCAGUGGGAGUCCAUGGUGUGCAUGCUCGCCGCCUCCGUGCCAGCGGGGAAGUCAAGAAUAUAUGAGCAGUCCGGGAAACCCAUUAGCAGGCACAAAGGGUACCUCGCCAUGGUCUUCGCAGACUACAACCUCUCCGUCGAGUACUACCGCGCCCCAAUGCUUGUCAUGAUCGACCGCUUCCCGGCAAGCAGCGGUGCCGUCAGGGGAGCGGUCCGGCUGGACAUGCUGCCUCGGCACGCCAACCGUUGGGCUGGCGCCGACGUGCUCGUGUUCAAUACAGGGCAUUGGUGGAAUGAGCACAAGACUAUCAAAUCGGGAAACUAUUUCAUGGUUGGUGAUCGGCUGAACAUGAGCAUGGACAUGAAGGAAGCAUUCCGAUGGUCCCUGGAGACAGUGAAAGAUUGGGAGAUAAGUAGUACACGGGUUCCAAAUAGUUAUUUUUUCUUCAGGAGUUAUUCUCCUUCUCAUUAUAGGUCAAAAAAUGACAGCAAUGGCACGUGGAACACGGGUGGCUCGUGUGCUGACCAUCGAGAUCCAGUGACCAGCAGUGACCAAUUCGACGAGGAGUACUCUUGGAUCAACGCCAUGAUCUCGAACGCCAUCGACGGCAUCAGAAGCCACGGUCGAAGGAAAGCCCAUUUCUUGAACAUAACGUACAUGACCGAACUGAGGAGGGAUGGCCACCCGUCGCGGAACCGGGAGCCUGGGACGCCGCAGGACGCGCCCGAGGACUGCAGCCACUGGUGUCUGCCGGGCGUGCCCGACACAUGGAAUGAGGUCCUGUAUGCACACCUCAUGUCAAUGGGAUAUGAUAUCAGGAUACACUAGUACAAAACCCUCGCAGGGACCGGCUGUAUAUGUGCUAUGUGCCUUUUUCCACCUCCACAUGAUAAAAAAAAUAUAAAACUAGCAUAUUUAAACACUAUAGUUGUCGGCUCUUAAAAAAACUGGUAGUAAUAUUGGGUAUAAUUUUAUGCUUUCUAAAUGUUUCUUGAAACUAAAUGAUUUGAAAUGAUGAUGAGAUUGGUAUA